CUUCAUUCUUCGCAGUUGAUCUUCCACGUCUUCUUAUCAAACCCUCAACCCCCCAAGCGACGUCCACCUCAGUCCCUCCAGAUGCCAGACUCUCCCACACUGUUUACUACGAAUUGAAGACGCUGGGCACCAUGGAUACCAAAUCCGUCCUCGCGUUGGUUGAUCAGCUGGAAGAAGCCCUCGAGGACCUCGAAGACAACCUCGAGCCACUCCUGGUCGAUUCCCUGACCUCUACCACUCAGAAACUCCCUCUUCUCGACAGGGCAAAACUCAAUGUCCUACUUGUGUAUGCCAUUGAAUCGCUCAUCUUCUCCUACCUCAAAGUCCAGGGCGUCCAGGCCAAAGAACAUGCUGUCUUUCGAGAGCUGUCCCGAGUAAAACAAUACUUUGAGAAAAUCAAACAAGCCGAAGCCGCACCUUCCAAAAGCCAGCCGACUCUCGUACUAGACAAAGAUGCCGCAGGCAGAUUUAUUAAACACGCAUUGGCCGGCAAUGACAGGUAUGACCUUGAGCGUAGGGAGCGCGAGGCUCGCGAGAAGCUUCUUGCCAAGAGAAGGUUGAAGCAUCUUGACUCCGCAGCCAACGAUCCCAUCACUACAAGUCAGGCUCCUGAAAACGUCCUAGACGAUUCUGAUGCCCUCGCCGCAGCCCAGGAAGCCGCCAGGCUUAUAGCCAUGGAUGAUCACGUUAAUCAAGAACCCCAAGAUGUCUCCAUGUCGAAUUCUUCUGACCAUGACGAUGACUCGGCAGUCCCAGAAAGCCCAGCCAAAGCUGAUUCAUCUUCCUCACUAUCCGAGUCCCACGCAGAGCCUCACUUGAACGGUUCUAGUCAAGGUCCCUCCAAUGGACAGACUAGGAAUGAUGUGGUCGAUAGCAAUAGUGGAUCGACACCAGACAAACCGUCACGCGCCGAAGCAAAGAAACUUCGCAAAGCAGCACAACGAUUGAAAAUGAGUGGCCAUUCAUCGCCAAAGGGCAGCAAGGCACUCAAAAAGGAGAGAAAAAAAGCGCUGAAAGAAGCCAAGAAGACAAGCAGCAAGUCAACAUAGGGACAACACAGCAAGGCCAUCUUAGGGUCAGGGCUGAGCAGUCAGCAUGACAGAACCCCGCCUAAAUAAGGAGUACUACAUUCCAUGGUCGGUGCUGCGGCCUCUAUAAUCCAGGUGAGAGAAGGACUACGUCUUGUCCGGGCCUCAUGGGCAUCUGGCGGAUAAUCACUCUAUCCCGUGUCAUGGUUUGUAUGAUCUAUGACGUCUUUCAUCGUCGUAGGAGAAUUCUGCGACCCGAAGCAGCGUCUUGGGCCGAGUUCUGGAGCCAUCCAAUGACAGCCAUGCUUGUCGAGUGUUGACAAGCCAGAAUUGUCAUCGGUACUACUCGUCCAGCGCAAAGACCGGCGCAGCAUCAUAUCCUUGUUCCCACGCAAGGUGUAGUGUGAUGGAGAGCAAAACCGGCGAGGCAACAGGUGACCAAUCGUUUCAGACAAGGCAUUGCCAUUUGAAACGAAACGAUGUCACCAAAACGGAUGAGGCUUGAGCACUAAAAAGUGCCAAUAGGCAGAGAUACUCGGCGUGGUUGGCCAAACAAAAGUGUCGACCAUGACAGAUCCUAUGAAGUUCCCAAAUACAGAGACCUACAU